AUGUCCGCCGGAGUUGGCUCGGACGAUGGCGAACGUCGCUUCCCUACACCUCAACCAGCCCAGAGAAGCUCGCCGCAGUCCCAGAGAUCUUCUACCUUCUCCUCUGCAAUAUCCAUAGGCUCAUACCAAAGCUCAAAAUCCGUCGGUACCGCCGUCGAAGCUUCUCCAUUCCGCAGAUCCCUGGCACCGACGCCAAAGCCAAAUACCGGAACGGAGCGACUGCAUGGCACCUAUUCAGAACACCGUCCCGUAACGCCACUGCCUCAAUUUACUCGCUCGGCUGCUCCAAGUCUGAGCGACUAUGUUGAAACCCUGAGAUCUCAAUCGCAUGAUAUCCAGACUUUGAUUCAUCACAGCGAUGACGACACUACUGGAGAGACCUCGCGCGAAGUAACGACCAGAACGGCUGAUCUUGCGAAGGAGAUCGACCGACAGAUUCCCGACAAGCACGCAUCUUUCGAGGUAGACAACUCUUUCCCGACAGGUGUGCGAAGUCCCACGUGGAGUCUGCUGACUGCAUCUCCUGUCGCUCGGCUCCCUACCGUCGCCGAGAUCAACGACGAGGAUGUCUGUCCUACCCCCGGUCCGUCUCCUUCCGGAAACUCCAACACGGCGCACACCUUCCAGAGAAGCCUGAAGUUCAGAGCGGAGAUACAGGAGGAUAACCAUAACGAAAAUGUUCCAAGGAUUCCGAAUCUCAGGAAGACCCGAGCAACCAACCCCAGACCAAGGGGCGGCCGGAUCGGUAGUCGCCGGCCACGUCGAGCUAGAGCUUCCACUCGGUGGUCAUCAAUUUCGCCUUGGACUUCAGCCGAGAAAGCAGCUUUCCACAAUGAGCUGCAGCAGAGAAUCGCAGCCGUCACGUGCGGUACAGACACUGACAGCGGCCUUCUGGACGUCCCUGUCGACUACUUCGACAUAUAG